UGUGCUCUCCAUUCCUGCGCUAUAGUCAGCGCGCAUUCGCGCUUUAUACAGCCUCCCCACAGCCCCGACGCCCUUGUCGCGACCGCGUGUGGCCAUGAUAUUGGAAGACAUCUAAAGAAAGCCCCCCAAUACAUUCGCCAACAUGAGCAACCAAGGCCAGCGCGAUCGCUCGGCCUCCUCGUCGCAUUUAUCACCUCCCGUCUCGGCCGACUCUUUCCAACCCUUCUCCAAUCCUUAUGAUACUCAGCAGCAGUUCCAGGCCAAUACUCUCAACCAACAGCAGUUUCUUGACCCCCAAGCCACCCUACUGGACUUCCAAUCCCCUUCCUUUGACAACAGUGGCUUCUUCAACGCACGUACUCCAAGCCUGUACAGUCCCAACGGCAGCAGUAGCAACCUGAGCGGCAACUUGUCUCCCACCUCUCUCAGUGCGACGAACCUGUCGCUCAACGGACCCUCGCCUCACAAUCUCGCUCAGCAAGACUCUAGCUCCUUCCCUGGAUUUGACUUUAACCAGCACCAGUUAGAUCCAAACUUACUGUACGGAAAUCUUCAGCAGCAUUCGUCCAAUCCAUCACUCGUGGAUCCGAUGGCCGCGACGCAUCACAACCCGACUCCCCCUCACCUACUGCAGCCUCAAUUGCGCCGCUCAUCGCAAAGCCCCAGUCCACGCGCUUCUCCUUCGUACCAGCAAUCGUCGUUUAGUCAAGUCAACCGCCAGAGGUCCGAGUCGCUCGACCCUGCUAGCGCUGCCUACCCGCCUCCUGGCUAUCAUGGUAAUGACUGGGGCGCUGGCCAGGCCUUCCAGUCACACCGCCGCUCGCCAUCAGAUGCCUACUCGGAGAUUUCGUCGCAUUCAAACCAGGCUUCACCCUAUCUACCCACAGCCGAUAGCUUCGAUGCUUCACCCAUGUUGAACCCCCAGACCGAUCCUUCGCUCUUCCCCGAUGCUCUCGGUCUUGGACAAUUCUCUUUGUCCGACACACAUAUCCCACCCCAUAUCAGCCCUGGCCCUAGUCCGGCAGUCUCGCCUCGUUUGUUGCCCCAGUCGCAGCAAGCGCUCCCUGACUUUAACACGGCAAAUGGCUUCGCUCUCCAACCUGAUCUUGGCUUCCAGACGCAACAACAGAACUUUGACAUGUAUCCGUCUGCGUCACUCACGGGGGCUGAACCCUUUCCUCAACUGAGCAACGGUGGUACUCCCAACGAGAUAGGUAUGGCCGACACAAUGUCUCCACCCGAGAUCAAUAUCGAUUUUGCUCCUCCUUCGAGAGUACCCAGCUUUGGGCCUCCAAACGGUGCUGGUCCUGAGGACGCCCUCAGCCCACCGGAAAGAAAUCGCAGUCGCAAUCGAAUGCGCGCCAAAUCAGACACUUUUGUAGGGUCACGACCCGUUACCCCGUCAGUUGCAGGAAGAGGCAGAUCUCCUUCGUUACAGCCUGGAACAAAUUCUCUAUCGCCUUUCGAUGCGCGCCACAGUGGUUCUCGCUCGCCCUCGCCUUCUUCGGUCUCUUCGACGAGUGGCUUGUCUAGACGCUCUUCCACUUCGUCCGUACCACAACGCGACUACAUUCUUGACCUUGCCAAUCCUGAGAGGGCAGCUAGUGGCGGCAACGACCCUAAACGGACUCAGAAACACCCUGCCACUUUCCAGUGCACUCUUUGCCCGAAGAAGUUCACUCGCGCAUACAAUCUACGCUCCCAUCUUCGCACCCAUACAGACGAGAGACCAUUUGUCUGUACUGUAUGUGGCAAGGCGUUCGCUCGCCAGCAUGAUCGCAAGCGACAUGAAAGCUUGCAUUCGGGCGAAAAGAAGUUCGUUUGCCGAGGUCAGCUCAGCAAUUCGGAACAAUGGGGCUGUGGUCGUCGGUUCGCGCGUGCUGAUGCACUUGGUCGCCAUUUCCGGUCGGAAGCUGGACGCGUGUGCAUCAAACCUUUGCUGGACGAAGAAGCCGCUGAGCGACAGAAGCAAUGGGCAGAAGAGCAUGCUCAGCGACAAAUGCAGAGCGACCAGGGCUUUGUAGCUCCACCGCCCAUGAUGAACCAGCCCCAUCUCCACCCUAUCCUCCCAGCCGCUCUACUCCAGAUGUAUCCCGACCUGGCGAAUCUUGAUUGGGGCGCUGCUGCACCAGCUAUUCCCGAAGAAUCCGAAGUAUUCAGUGGAAGAAGUAGCUUUGAUGCUGGCAGCGGCAACGAAUGGGGAGAUCUUAGCGAGAAUGAGAUGGGAUCCUACGGGCAGCAGACGCCAAACAUGAACAUGGGUCUUGCGAACAACGGAUGGAUGAGUGGCAUGGAGCGAUAGUCUCGCGUUCAUGAACUGCCCGAGAUGUUUUACGAUCCCCACACCACCUACCACAUCAUGACAUGGAAUUGAUGUUGGCGUUUUUUCGGAAACAUGGCGUUUGUUGAAGGAUUUUGAGAAUUACUAGAUACCACGGCCGGCUUCUCACGCCUUUUUUUGAUUUUCUGAACGAUGCGUUCUUUUUCAAGCUAUGAUAGAGGCAUUUUCUCGCACAUCGAUCAAUAGCAAAUCAUGACUGAUUACUCCCUUCUACAUUCUUCAAGUCUAU